UUUUGUUACAGCUGGGAUUUUCUGGAUUGUAUUUAAAACAAUUUUAAUCGUAAAUUAUUAUUGUGAUUAUUAUUAUUGAUUUGUAUUGGGAUAAAUAUGUGGUAGCGACUUUUACGUGCGAUAAGUUACCCAGUUUGUCAAGAAAAUGAGCGGGUCACUGGAGAUUCACGGAUUUAUAGACGACUGGUCGUCAAUCGAGAACUACCUUUUCGAUGCCCCUCAACAAUCGUGCGAAGGAGAUGAUUGGAAAUGGGAGGAUGAUGAAGAGGAGAAAGUGUCCUCGACUUCUGCAAUUUCUCCUAUGUCGUCGGGACCUGGAGGAAAAUGUGGAAAGACAACGUGGAUUCAAGAUUGCGUAAUUUCUGUGUCCCCGAUGGCGGAUGUUCUGGUGGUGUGCAGAAAACAGAAAGCUAUAUUUUUAACGAGUGAAUGGGAUGUUCAAAGUAGCAGGACAAAAUACUGCAAACUGUUUGAAGGCAAUCUGUCUCAAGAAGGGGAAACUAUAACGAGCGCAUUGUGCAUUCCAUUGAUUUCCAAUAAAAAGUCUUCCCCAGGAGGACCAGAUUGGACUUGUGUGUUAAUUGGAUUCAGCGACGGAUCAGUCCGAUUGUACACUGAAAGUGGGAGCAUAUUGAUUGGUCAAAUGUUUCAUGAUGAACCUGUGACUGGUUUUAAGUGUCGAUCCUACAAGGCUGCAUCAUCGCAUAAUGAGCAUGACCAGCUAGAAGAGGUUUUUAUUCUAUAUCAAACGGUUUUGGUGACGAUUGAUGGAUUUGGAUUGUUUCAAACUCUACGGGGCUGCAGAAGUCGUAUAGCUCGAGUGCAAGCAAAUGCUGCAGACGGCAUGAUGGAUCCACCUCCCCUUUCGUACAAGAAAUGGCAGUAUGACAGUAAAGACGUUUCCGAUUGUGAAAGCAUUGGCCUCCAGACCCCAAGAACAUUUGACCAUUUGUUGACAGCAUCCAUCAUUGGUGGAAUCACUGCAAAACCAAACAAGAUACCGUAUACAUCCACUGUGUUUGCCACUGUUGGUGCAAAACCCUACGUUUCAUUCCAUUAUUGCAACCAAGAGGGGCAAGCUCCAUUUAUGAUUGGGAAGUUGGCUUUCUCUGUUGCCAACAAACUCACAAGCAGCUUAAUUAGUGCUGCAUCGGGAUGGCUUGGUUUUGGUGGAGGUGGAAGUGGAAAGCAAUCUGGGCAGCAGGUUAAGCAGGAAAAACCUAAAAUUGAACGUGCAACACCAAUGGCUGGAAGAUUUGGAUUGCCUGACAAAGGCCGGAAAGGAGAGUCAAUUGUUAUAUCUCCGUGUCACAAGCUAUCUGUUAUAGCAGAUUCAUUGGGACGGGUUGUGCUAAUGGACAACGAUAGGGGAAUUGCGGUUCGGAUGUGGAAGGGAUACAGAGAUGCUCAAACUGCCUGGCUGUCCGCUAGUGAUGAUAUGAAUGCCAAAACUCGCGUGUCUGGAAGGAAAGCCUUGUUCCUCGUAAUUUAUGCUCCACGCAAAGGACAAGUAGAAGUGUUUUCGAUGCAGCAAGGCCCAAAAGUGGCAAGUUUUCCAGUUUCAAAAUCCGGAAGUUUGAUUUCAUUGCCAUAUGGCAUGAUGGGUUUGAACAACAUUCCUUUGAAAGGAGUUCACCAACAAACGCUACCUUGUUUGUUUCUUGAUCCUGAAGGUCAACUUCUUCAGUUACAUAUCCCAUUUCAUCUUUCACUAAAUGAUACAAACAAUAGCAAAUUAAAGGACAUGCAUCUAUUGAAAUCAUUACAACGUAUGCUGAGAGACAGACAGUCCUCAGUUGAUGAAAUUAAUGGACUAAUUUACGACAUCAAAACCCAGACUAUGAUAAAUCAAGCAUUCAAGAUUCUGAUUCAAUAUUGCAGCCAAUAUGAAAUUGUCUCAUCUGUAGUUGAAGGGUAUUUGGAAAAGUUUUGUGAAAAUGAACGACACGACUUGACAGUUCCUUUUAAAAUACAAUCUCUUUUGCAAUUAUAUUCGUGCUUGGUGGAAAUGAUGGAGGCUCCACCUUCUUAUUCUUCAUCGGGUGAAACUUCUUCCGCUGAUAAUACGGUGCUGAUGUGCCUACAUGCAACCGACAAGGAAAUUAAACUAGUUAAAGAUAUGGCCAACAAAGAGCUUUUUAAUAAAUCAUCACCCACGAAAGGAGUGUCCUUUGCGGACGAGAAAUCUAUUUUAAAUGUCAAUGACUUUUUAUCACUUUUUCGUAUUGAAUAUGAUCCUGCAAAAAUUAAGCUGACAGUAAUGUCAAAUGAGAACAAGACGCAACUGAAUCUAAAAAAUGACAAUCUUGUGAAUUUUGAAAAACUUGUGUUUUGUGGAUGCUUUAACAGCAGUUCAGAUUUGAAGCAAUGGAAAACUCUCUUAAAAAAUGCAGAUCUUGUACCAAUAGAGCUGAUCUUGGAAACAUUGAAAUUUUGGUGCAGUAAUGCUUUAGCAAGUAGCUCAUUUAUUGGCAUGAUGAGUAGACUGUACCUUGUGAUUCGUGCUAUCUGUGAUUUGGAAGGUGUGGCUAGUACAGCAAAUGUGUCUAGCACGUGGUGGAAUACGGUUCGAAAGGAGAUUGCUCAAGGCCAUAAAAUAUUUUACAAUUACACAUUUUCAAUUGUUUGUCGGGCAGUAACCAUUGAUCUUAAUCAGGAAAUAGAUAAAAACGAUGAGCAUUUAAAAACUAAGAAUGAAAAAGUUUCUGAGAAAGCAGAAUCGGCUGUGGAAGUGGAAUGUUUUGAUGAGGAAGGUUGGGAAAACGUAUCAUUAGAUUUAAUACGAUGGAACAUUCUUUUGAAACAAAUCGAAGACCUUAGUUUCCUUACGACUAUUUUGGCACAAACCCCCAAAUUAAGUAACCCAAUUCUACCAAAAUUACGAACUACUAUUGGGGACCUUUCGGUUGUCUCGUUGCUGGAUAAAGGGACAGGCUGUAUCGCAGAACUGGUUGGAAUUUGGUUAACAGCUAUUGGAGUUGACCCAUCAGUCGUUGUUGACAAAUCAGAAAUCGUUAUUCCCGAGUUGCAGGUUGCACAGGAGUAUACUGUCAAAGAGAUGAAGCAGAAACAAAAAUUAGAACCUGAACUCUUUGAGGAUAAAAUGGAAGUUGACGAAGAAACACAAUUAGAAGAUGCUGCAAAUGUUGGCUCAGAAGUUAGCUACAUUGUUGAAUUGCUGCGAUGUUUGAAAGAAAAUUUUGCUGUAUCUCUUAAUUCCUCAAUUAUCCUUUCGAAUUACUGUUGGGAAUAUUGUCUUGCGUGGAAUAAAGAGGUCGACAAUGUCAAUUACCUGCAGGCUGCUAUUCAAUGCGUGGCAGUCAUUCCUUCAAAUUUCAUUAAGCAAGGAUUAAUGUCCAUGAUGUGGAGUACUUUCAUAUCCAAACAACUUUCUAAUAUCGUUGCACGGAAAAUCAAGAGAGAAAAGCUUUUAGAAAAGACCAGUGUUAUCAAUAAUCCAGAAAGCAAAGUAGAAUUUUUGAACGCUUGCGUGCGAUUUUUAGAUGAGUUCAUGGAAAACAACGUUUUGUGUCAAGGAGUCCCAGUUCCGAAAUCAAGUUUUAAAAAGAGUCACUGGUCUGGUGAUGCAUCAGCCUCUGCAGCAACUUUAACUGACCUAGCCUCCUCACAACCUCUAGCCAAUUAUGAAAUGAUUUUGCUACAUUACCAACUGUCACUUGCUGCCCUAUUUGUGUACAAUUUUAACAUUAGGAAAACAAGCAUGAAACCCAUGAAUCUUUUUGAUACAAAGGCUUCCAUGAUGUUUUUCAUGGCGAUCAGCAGUCCUGCUCCGUAUUCUAAUGAAGUUGAUCUUGGACUAAAAGUUUUGAGAGAAGAAUUUCUUUGUCUUGUGGUAACAAACGUGAUAGGGAAGGUUCCAGAGGAUUUAGACAAUUCUGAGGACCCCGAAAUUGAACCACGCAUAUCCCCAUCACUGAAUGGGGUGAAGGAUUGCGAAAAUUGGAUCCAUAAAUGUUUUGAACUCGGAAGAAUUUGGGGGCUUGAUUUGGAUAGUCUACGAAUUAAUCAGGUCUGCGAGUAUUACUCUUCAGGGUUUGACCUCCUUGGUUUGGAGUCAAUCGGCGCUGUGACUGGAAAAGACAUAUUGGGGUCAAAAAUUCUAGUUAUCGCUGGGAUGAGAUUACAUUAUUAUAUCGAGUCAAACCGUGAUUCAACAACAGAAAUAGUUUCGUCCAUGUCUACAAACUUGUCAAACUGGCUCAAUAAACUGGAUUAUAGCAAAUUGCGAUGCUUGAGAUUUCCAAAAUCUUCCAUUUCCGAGCUAGCUCAGCACGUUAUUCAAUUAAUACCUGAAACAAGUUACGACUAUAGGCUGGCAGACGAUCUGCUUGUGUGCACCAGUUUUUUAGUACAUUAAGUAUUCCAUUUUCCACGUACUGAUUUUACUAUCCUAUUUUCGCAUUGCACGUUGUACAUAUCUAUAAAUGACUCGAAUAAACGUUUGGUCUUUCUAGUCUCCUAAA